AUGGCUGUCGUUCCCAGCCCAUUUGACUCCGAGUUUGAUGCAGCCGUCGCAAAGGGACUUGACGAAUGGAAAGUGCCCGGGAUCAACAUUGCUGUUAUUUGCAAUGGACAUACAUUCUCUAAGGCGUACGGCCUCGCCAGUUUUCCAGACACACCAAUGACUACAGACAAAUUGUUCUCGGCGGCAAGCACCACAAAGGCCUUCACGGCAGCGGCUGCUUCCAUGAUCAUCGAGGAGAGUAAGAAUUCCUCAUCUCCGAUAGACUGGGAUACUCCGCUUGCUUCCAUCAUUCCGGAGGACUUUGUCCUCUCAGAAGAGCACGCAACCGCGCACACGACUCUAGAAGAUGCUCUGUCUCAUCGAUCCGGUAUUCCUGCCCACGACUGGGGUCUGCUCUGUGGAGACAAGAAUGCAACUGUGCAGGAGAAUGUCCGCACGCUUCGAAACCUACCGCUGUCUGCUUCUCCACGGACUGAGUUCCAGUACACGAACCAAAUGUACAUCGCGGUAGGACAUGCCCUGCAGACAAAAGUGGGAGAGCCACUUGGAUCAUUCUUGAAAAGGCGGAUUUGGAGCCCUCUGGGCAUGGAAGAAACCUUCUUCUCGAAAGAGGAAGCCAGAAAGGAUCCUAAGGCCGCAGCUAAGAUCGUGUCGGGCUACCGCUGGAUUGCCGAAGAGAAUGGUGGGCAUUGGAUUGAAGAGCCAGAGGCGACAUGGUGCGCAAAGACAGCCGCCGGAGGCAUAGUCAGUAAUGUCUUGGAUUACUCGCGCUGGGUGCAAGAGUUGCUCGAUCGUGACGGCCCGCUGAGCGGUCACGACUCCCUCACCAAACCUCGAAUUUUCAGCUUCGAGCAAGGUCCCACGGAUUACCCAAUGCCUUAUCAUGGAUACGCAUUGGGCUGGUUCGUGUGGAACUAUCGUGGCGAGCACCUCUACUCACAUACCGGCGGCUGGCCUGGCUACUCUAGCUAUGUGGGAAUAAUCCCGGAGAGGAAAUUUGGCAUGGUAUUAAUGGCAAAUUCUUCAUCGGCGGGCUGUCUCAACUCGCAGUUAUCCAUCCACCUCAUGGACAAGAUUCUUGGGCUAGCGCAUGACCCAGUGCAUGAACGAAAGAUGGCAGAGUUGUGCGCUCGACAGGAAGAGGAAAGGAUGAAACUCAUCAAUCAUGAGGAUGAGAAUGUGGAAGCUAUCAAGCAAAGGCUGUUCCCUUCCCUCGCAAGCCCUCCAAUACCUCACUCUCUCCCUCUGCACAAAUACACCGGCGUCUACAGGCAUCCAACUGGCUUCUGGCUUACCAUCGUUCUGGACGAUGAGGGCAAUCUUAGCCUUCAAAACUCCCAUGGUGCUAUUCCUGUUGACUUGGCCCUGAUCCAUGCGAGCGGUGAGUUCUUCGUCGCAAAAUUGAGAACGAGCAACCCUCUGCCCCUGGAACCCUUUCCCGCAGAGUUCCAUGUCACUGCUUCUGGAAAUGUUCAUACAAUCGGACUACCCCUUGAGCCAGCACUGAAAGAGAAGAAGAUUUGGUUUGAAAGGGAUGAUUCAUGA